AUGGACUAUAAGACUGAGCAAGCUGAGGAACUAGAGGUGCUGGAGUCCAUCUAUCCAGACACGGAGGAUCUGGAGAUUCUUGAAAAAAAGUAUCCCGAUAUCAGAUUUACCAGCAAAUGUGAACUGGAACCGCAGGUUGAAGACUUUAAGUUCACCGAGAGGUUGCUGUUAAUUGUGGAGUUUUUGCUGCCGGAGAAAUAUCCCGAUGAAGCGCCCAUAAUGAAAUUCCAUCUAGAGGAAGAGCCCUUGGAAGAUGCAGAUGGCGAGAGUGACGAAGAAAGAGAAGAAGAGGAGCAGGAGUACGAUGAGCACGGUAAUAAGGUUGAGCGUAAAUUGAAAAAUUUUGCAGAUGCAGUCAGUUUUGAACAUUUCAUUCCAGAGUUGCAAGCGCGGAUUGAGGAACAAAUUGAAGAGGAAAUGUUGCAGGGCACGCAGAUGUGUUUUGCAUUGAUCUCGUCUAUCAAGGAGUUGAGCGAAAGUUGGUACACCGGAGAGAUCAAUAAGUUGAAGAGAGAGCACGAACUGGAGCUGCAAAAGCGUGAGAGGGAAGAGCAGAAAAAAUUUCAAGGUACAAAAGUUACGCGGGAGUCCUACCUGGAAUGGCGAUCAAAAUUCAGGGAAGAGUGGAAGCUAGAUGAAAAGGACGAGCAAAGAAGGACACAAGCGCAUCAUGGCAGGCUCACUGGUAAGCAGAUUUUCCAAAGAGGUUUGGCGGGUGAGUUCGACGAAGAAGAGAGUGAAGUGAAUACAACAGCCGAAAAAUUAAAAAAAUCUGUAAUUUAG